UCGUUUCUACAAUUCGCAAGAAGUAAAUUUGCGUAAUAUUUUAUACAGAAAUGUAUUCGGCAAGAUUAUAAGUUUAAAAUGGAAAUAUUCCAUAGGACGAUAUUUGUCUCAUUAUUUUGUACUACGUUUUCUGCACUUUCCCAGCCACAGGGACCUGAAAUAAACGACCAAUUUCAAAUAACUGACCCUGUUACUGAAUCACCAGUACAAACACAACCGCAAGUCGUCGAAGAGGUAGUUGCACCUGAAAAUGCGAAAACUGCUGAACAAACGACUGUUGUACCGGAAGAAAAAGCAAACGAUUCUCACGAACAGGACUUAUCUUUAUCACAAGUCAGCUUUUCCUUCAGAAUUUACAAAUUUAUCUCAGAACCUAUCUUCAAAGUCGUAAGCGCACCAAAAGUUAACGCAGUACUGAGAAACAUAGGGACAUGUGUUGUAAAUGGAGCGAUGGAGCUAUUUUCCUACUAUUUACCGGCCCCUUUCAUGCCACUAAUAGCCUCUGCGGCCGGCCUAGUAAUCCCAUUUGAACCAGUCGUCAUGUUAAAAGAGAAAAUGCCAGUCACAAGUUACAGGCGAGCCUUCCAAACGGCUAUGAGCAGUUUUCUCAGAACAUUUGAUAAGUAUAAAGUUGAAGAAGAUUUUGAUCCGUAUAUGACCAGACGGUUUAACAGAAGGUUCGUGGGUGACGAUGGGAAAAAACAAGAGAAAGAGGAAAUCGCUGAUGUUGAAUAAAAUCGUAUUUUCACAAUGUUGUUGGUGUUUUAUUUAUUUCCGCUUGCUUUUAUUCAUGAAACUUAAGAAAAUAUUGGUAAUUCAUUCUUUGAUUAAAUUAUUUUGUGGUAAAAGUAAAAAAUUAAUAAGCUUUACAAUCUCUUAUCGCACCUUAUAAUAGUCGGUUAAGGUAGAACGUA